AUGACAAGGAAGGUACGCCGGAUUAUCGCCAGUUCUGAACCGGUUCGUGAUUGCCUCAGAACAUCCCAAUCUUCCCCUAAUGAUGAAACAUUGCAACGAACGUCAAUUUCUAGACUCAUCAGCAUCCGUGACAAUCACACGUUCAAAACCUAAAGAGGAUUCCACACAGUCACCAAGGGAUUCUUCGAGGAGCGGAUGAUCCACUCUGUCGCAGCGAGAUGGAACUGAUUCUGAGUCGCCUGGGCGAGGAAAUCCUCGAUGCGAAUGAAGAGACCUACGAUCUCUUCUCUCAGCCACAAAAUGCCCAGGACCUUGGUAUGCUCGACCCUGCCGCACGAGCCGUUGAAGUAACGAUCGCCGGCCAUGAAUAUUCCAUCCUCCAGUCUCCCGGCAUCCUACAAUCGGGCCGUCAAGGAGGUACGACCGGUGCCGCAGUUUGGCAGGCAUCGAUUCGACUUGCGGACUGGCUCUGCUGGACAGGAAAUAUGCUCGAAGCGCUGUUGACACGCCAUGACUGUAGGGCGAUGGAGCUGGGGUCGGGAAUAUCGGGCAUAAUUCCCUGCGUACUUGCAUCAAGGUUGGAGAGAUUCGUGGCAACCGACCAAGCCUACCUGCUCAAGACACUGCGAGAAAACAUCGACAACAACAGCGGCAGCGAUGGCGCGCCGGGUGAGUCAUCCAGCAAGCGCCUUGCAGCCGGUGCGCGGAGUCACAAUUCGACAAAACAUCGUCCGAUGCGUCAGCCUCGCGAUACUCGGGCCCCGAAAAACGUCAAAAUCGACGUGUUGCCACUGGAUUGGGAGACCGAUGACGUGAAGGGUUUCAUGACCGCACAUGAUCUCGGCACAGGCAUCGAUCUCCUCAUCGCGAGCGAUUGCAUCUACAACUACGCGCUCAUCGACCCGUUCGUGCAGACGUGCACACAAAUCUGCCAGCAACGUCAACGGCAACGAUCACAAGACCAGCAUGACGCGAAGGUCGAUGCGAGCAACGAUGACUCUUCGACCAGCCGUUUGCCAACCGUCUUGCUCGUUGCGCAGCAGAUGCGUCAACCGGACGUCUUCGAGCAGUGGCUCGAGGCGACCCUGCUGAAGUUUCGAGUCUGGCGCGUCCCCGAUGAAUUGCUCACAGAAGGCCUGCGGACCGGAACCGGAUUCGCCCUACAUCUGGGCAUUCUGAAAGAUUGAAAAGAUUGAUACCCUUGUAAUGAACAUUAUGAGCGUCCCGCGAUGAUCGCCUUGCGUGUGUUUGACGAUCCUAGUCCCCUUUGCUGUCUCUCUAGAUAGGAGGAGAACAUCUAGACUAUCUUCGCACUGUUCUGGUUCUGAUCUCCAAGGGAAGGAAAGGCUGCGCUGGCGAACUAGCUUACGAGCAACCCAAUGCAGCGGCAAGAGCACAUUCCCCGUCCUUGGAUAUUCGUCCACCAGUCCUGAAGUUCAGACGCCUGAAAUGUGUCCUGUCAAUGAUUCCACCCUGUAUGCUAAGUGCUUCAACCGCCCAUCCAUGCCUGUCGCAAGGACCCGUGAC